UCUCGAAAGUGCCGCGUGGUCAUCUUUGUCUACGUUUACCUAAACGUCUGCCUGUCAUUGACAAACAUGGCGGCCACCUCCACGGGUGCUGCCGACUCUCCGGCUUCAGCCUCGGCUGGACCGAGUCUGGACGACCAGAGCUUUCAGUACAGUACGAUUCUGGAUCAUUUGAUCGGGGACAAGCGGCCCGUGAAGGAGCUGAGCCCCGGCGUUAUGGGUGGACUGCCGGUGCCGGUGAAGACCGAGGAGCAGAAGAUGAUCGAGAGAGGAAUGGAGAGCUGCGCCUUCAAGGCUGCUCUGGCCUGUGUGGGAGGGUUUGUCCUCGGAGGAGCUUUCGGUGUUUUCACCGCUGGCAUCGACACCAACGUUGGCUUCGACCCCAAAGACCCGCUGAAGACGCCGACGGCUCGAGAAGUCCUCCGAGACAUGGGCCAGAGAGGGAUGUCCUACGCCAAGAACUUUGCCAUCGUGGGUGCCAUGUUCUCAUGCACCGAGUGCAUCAUCGAAUCACACCGAGGUGUAUCCGACUGGAAGAACGCGGUGUACAGCGGCUGCGUAACCGGAGGAGCUAUUGGAUUCCGUGCUGGUCUGAAGGCCGGAGUCCUGGGAUGUGGAGGCUUCGCCGCUUUCUCUGCUGCCAUCGAAUAUUAUCUGCGGUAAACUUGAGCGACUCUGUGAUUGAGAACUUAAAUAAAUAAAUAAACGCACGCGUGGGCGCGCCGGUGAAGACUCUCGCUGUGAGAAAAUGGACCGUUUGUGAAUAUUAACCUGCACACGGAGGACUGCUGCAGAGCCAGAGCGGAUGCAUUUCUUUGUGGAAUUGAUCGGUUCCAGUUUGUGUACAGCGACGCCGCGGUGACCUGAAGACGAUGUGACUGUAUAUAUAUAUAUAUUAUAAUUUUUUCUCCUUCUCAUUAAUUCCAUGUGGGGGAAAAAAUCCAGACCUCUUUCUGUGUCAGAGGUCACUCUGAGUCACGGCCACCUGCAUUCAGACUCAUGUUCUUCUUGCAGAAUCAUUGUUAUGACGUAUGUGUAACUAAUCCACAUCAGGAUUAAUUAUAUUAAAGGUUUUGUUUAUAAACUCA